AUGCACAAGCUGUUCAUAAGUAUCGGCACAUUUAGCAGCGCAACAGCCUUCGUAUUUCUAAUUUUAUGUCCCAACUUGGUGACCGGAAUAGUUGCCAUGUCAAUAAUACAAUUUUGCUGUGCCUUUACAGUGACAUCCGUUAUAGUUGUAUUUCUCGAUCUUGCACCAAAAUACGCCUCGUUUAUGAACUCUAUAGCAAACGUGUUUUUUACAAGUGCAUGGAUCAUCACUCCGACAUUAAUUGGAUUCGUUGUUACUUCUCAUAGUGUAUCUCAGUGGAACAUUUGCUUCAUAAUUAUAAGCUGCGAAUGUUUCAUUCUUGGAAUAUUCUACCUAAUAUUUGGAUCUGGAAAGCAGCAAUCCUGGGCUAAUCACAGUCCCAACAAGAAUGAGUCAAUUAGACAAUCGAUCGAAGAAAAAUCGUGAAUAAAUUUUCAAUUUUUCCUUUAUAUUGUGAAGUGUUUUAAAAUUUUUUAUCAAGCCAUAUCAUUCAACAAGUAGAUAGGUACCUAAUAAGACUUUUCUGAUACUAAACUGAGAAAAAAUGAUAAAAUUUUCACAGUUUUCAAAAUUUUUGGGGCACACAAAGUUUUUUGAAUUUUGAGGGACAUUCAACAUAUCCCUAUCCGAACAAGAUCUUUCGUACCUAAAUGCAAUUAAAGAAUUGUAUAUCCGUCAAAAAAUUCUCGAAUUCAAAAAAUUUUCCAUUUUUAACCGUAAUAAACGUUAAUCUUUUUAGCCACACUGUGAAGUAUGAGUAUCUUGAAAAUGUUUAUUAAAAUCCAAUACUCAAAAACAAGCUGUAAUCACGUAUGUCGUACCUACAUUGUACAAAAUGUUUAAUGACAGCUGACACGAACUCGAAAGUAGGUAAUUUAAAACAUGUAAUUUCUUUACAAUCAGACAAUCAAUCUUUCCCUAGUAGGUAUACCUUAAAUUUUCUACGUACCUUACCUACCUAUACAUUUGCGCAUUGAGUAAUCCUACAGAAACCAUUAUCUCUCUACACUGCUAUCCUAUCUCACUUCUUUCACGGUAUACCUACAAGCGAGUUGAUGCCCAGACACUUCAAAAAUUCAACAUUCAUAAAAAAAUCAUACACAAUAAAAUAUGCCAUUCAGUUACAAGGUCGAGUCGACACAAAUCGUUCCACUAGAUCAUUGAAAUAUCAAUGAAAAUGAUACUUCCACAAAUCAAGAUCCCAAGAAGAUACGUAAUAGUGGUGAUGAUAUUUAUCGGGUAUGCCAAUAUGUUUUACUUACAUUCCAAUUUGGCUAUGGCUGUGGUGGAGAUGACCUCGGUGAAAAAAAUCACUCUACAAAAUGGCACCAUUGAAAAGAGGGUCGAUUUCAACUGGAGCUCCCACGAAAAAGGCAUCAUUCUGAGCAGUAUUUCAUACGGUCGUUUGUUCAGCCCUGUAGGAGGUAUUUUGGCGGGAAAAUUUGGAGGAAGCACUAUUUACAGUCUUGGCAUUCUGGUUACAUCACUGAUCACAUUCUUUAGUCCGGUUUUCUUACAUAUUCAUUUCAACAUAUUCAUCAUCGGUAACAUGAUCCUAGGAGCAUUUGAGACGUUUUCAUACGCAAGCGUCACGCAAAUAUUUUCACGCUGGGCUCCUCCCGAUGAAAGGACCAAAUUCGUGUCAUUCAGUGCCAUAGGAACGAAUCUCGGAUCCGCAAUAUCCUUCAUAGUUUCUGGAUGGAUAUUAAACUCUUGGAAUUGGGAAGCACUGUUUUACUUCAGCGGAGUAGCCUCAUUCGUGUGGUAUUGGAUUUGGUUACUUGUGGUUAAAAAUGAUCCUGAAGACGAUAAUCGAAUCAGUGAAGAGGAGAAAAACUACAUCAAAGAAAAGGUCAAUUGUAACUACACCAAUGAAAAGCUGGCGUAUCCAUGGAAAAACAUUCUGACUUGCAUUCCAUUUUGGAUAACUUGCUUGAUAAAAUUUUCCGUCGCAUCUUAUUCAACUAUCACAUUCAUGUACCUGCCUCAAUAUCUCAAAGAUACCAACAACAUAGAUAUCAAACAAAUAGGCAUCAUUUCAAUGAUUCCGCAAAUUUCUGCAAUUAUUUCAGCGCCAAUCGGCGGAUUCGUCGGGGAUUUUAUGAGAUCACGAAAGCUUCUCUCUAUUACUAACGUAAGUGUGAUUUGCGCUCUACAGCACAUGUGAAGAACCUUCAUCGAAUACCUAUCCUACCUAUACAGCAAAAUUCAACCCAUUCGACUCGAUUUCAUAAUGCCUUAUACAGUAGACUCCCAAUUAUCCGACUCCGAAUUAUCCGACUUUCGGGUUAUCCGGUACGAAUUUAUCCGACUUACAUUUCGCAUUAUCCGACCCACCAAGGUCGGAUAAUCCAAAAAACCCCUAAUUUUUGAUUUUGGAGUGUAAAUAAUGAUGCAGUAUGCAGCAUUUUGUAUUCUAACGGUGUUAUUUUCCUUGAAAUUGAUCCAACUUAUCUCAAAAAAUUAUAAUUUGAGUCAGUAUUUCAUUGUCUUUUAUGUACAAAAGUACAUUAUUUUUGUUUAUUCAUCACUUUUUUGAUUUUUUGUUCCUGCUUUGAGCCAAAACUUGAUUUUCUGAAUAAAAAAUUGUCUUCUCAAGCUUAUGCACUCAAUUUCUGCGCUAAAAACAUCCAUUUCGGAUUAUCCGACUUUUUUGGUAUCCGACCUACCUUACCCCCCCGAUUAGGUCGGAUAAUCGGGAGUCUACUGUACAUACUUACAUGAGAUUUCCAGAUUCACAAGCUCUUCAUUAGUAUUGGCACAUUCAGUAGCGCAACAGCCUUCGUGUUUCUAAUUUUUUGGCCCAAUUUGACUACUGGAAUUAUUACCAUGUCAAUAAUACAAUUUUGCGGCACUUACACCUUGACGUC